AUGAUUAAAGGAGCAGCAUGGAAAAGGAGAAAGCGUGCGAAAGAGGAAGUCGGUAAUUUAGAAUUCACAAUUUCUGGCUUAACACGUCAUAAGUAUCGGUUCCUGUUCAAAACUAAUGACGUCUCCCGAAUCUUCCCUUCUUUCUUGAACCGGCAUUCAGUCCGGCCCAAAGUGAGUCGAGUUAAAGCGGCUAAGCUUACCAUUUGUUCUCUGGUCGAUAUUGUUGACAUUACUGCGCUUGUUUGGACGAGCGUCGGCAAUGUUUGUUUGCAUUCUCACUCCAAUGUCUGUAAUGGACGAAUCGCUUACUUUUCCAUUCGUAUUUUAACGGAUAAGUUACCCUUUACACUCCCAUCUAUCUAUCUAUCUAUCUAUCUAUCUAUCUAUCUAUCUAUCUAUCUAUCUAUCUAUCUAUCCAUCCUAUUUUUUCUCUAUCUAUCUAUCUAUCUAUCUAUCUAUCUAUCUAUCUAUCUAUCUGUCUUAUUCCGUUUACACCUUUCAUAUCUAUCUAUCUAUCUAUCUAUCUAUCUAUCUAUCUAUCUAUCUAUCUGUCUUAUUCCGUUUACACCUUUCAUAUCUAUCUAUCUAGCUAUCUAUCUAUGUAAAACAUCCAUAAACACAUCCGUUUUUUGA